AUCCUCUUUCAUUUUCUCUUGACCCUUUCCAUACUGUGAUGCCGACGUCUGUGUCACGGAUGGAAAGGGUUAAGAAGAGAGUAUCUAGAUACUGACUGACAUUCGCUUUCGGCUACUCUCGCUGGUUUCUGCUUGCAGGAACAGCACUGCUGACUAACUAACUAACUACUAAUAAAAAAGUCUCACCAGUCCUAACUUGAUAUAUCCCACUUAAAUAACACUUCCAUUGUAAAUUUCUUUGGAACCACCUUGCGUUUAAUAGAGGGUCUACUUUAGUGACAAGGUGGCUGAGGGGAGCAGAGUUACAAGUAUAUUCACUUCUCUUUUAGUGGCUGUAAAGGGGGUCAAGGGUUCAUUUGGAUAAAACUAUCAAUUUUCACAUGAGGUGUUGCUUCUACCUUUAAAACCACCGCAAUGCAACCACAAAUCUGGCUUAGGUAAUCCAACUCAACUCCAGAGACUUGAGGAAAACUCUAAACAUUCCAGAUGUGCACACUUUAGGGAAUAAAACUUUUUUCACCAAGCCACUCGUUAAUGGUUAAAAAUUGUCAGCUUGUAGCGGUGGAUGAGACUUGAACCCAGGUCCUCUAAGACACCAUGCCGGCAUGCUGACCACUCAGUCACCUCCUCCCUAUGUUAAUGCUCCAGUCAAUGAUGAAAAUAGAAAAGGCUGCUGACCUCACCAAGCCCAUAGACAAAAGAGCGUACAACAAGGAAGAUGUGCCAACCUGCCAUGACUUUAACUCCACAACAGCCAGUCCGGAGGGAGUAUCCUUGCUAGUGGGACUGCUGGGGGGACAGAUCCAACUAAUUGACCCCAUCACUAAGGAAGUUAAUAAAGCAUAUAAUGCUGGGGAGAGACUAAUAGACAAGACAAAAGUUACCUGUGUGCGGUGGAUCCCUGGCUCUCCCAACCAGUUUCUAGCAGCGCACAGCAGUGGGCACAUGUACACCUAUAAUGAGGAGUUAAUGUGUGGCGUGGACCGUCCCCACUACCAACUCUUCAAGCAGGGUGAAGGCUACUCUGUCUACACGUGCAAAACAAAAAGCACCAGAAAUCCACUGUAUCGGUGGGUAAUAGGUGAAGGAAGCAUAAAUGAGUUUGCCUUCUCCCCAUGCUCAAAGUACCUAGCUGUGGUAUCUCAAGAUGGGUACCUAAAAGUGUUUAACUUUGAUACAAUGGACCUGGUGGGCAGUGCCAGAAGUUAUUACGGUGGACUUCUGUGUGUGUGCUGGUCACCUGAUGGCCGCUAUGUGGUGUCUGGUGGGGAAGAUGACCUUGUCACUGUUUGGUCAUUUAAAGAAAAGAGGGUAGUGGCCAGAGGACAAGGGCAUAAAAGCUGGGUCACUGUGGUGGCCUUUGACUCCUAUACAACUGUUUAUAGUGAUACAGAUGGUUUUGAAACAUGCAGUGAUGAUGCAACUAAACAUAACAGCAUUAGCAAUGAUGUGCGAAAUUGUAAAGUGAACAGUAGUGUAUCAAAUUCCAGGCCGAGCUCAAACAGAAACUCUUUAGUGUCUGAGGGUCUGGGUUUGUCUAUUACUAGUUACAGACUGGGCUCAGUGGGGCAGGACACACUACUUUGUUUAUGGGACCUGAAAGAUGAUGUCCUCACCCAGCCAUAUAGACGACCCAGGUCCAGUACAGUAGUGAGCAGUAGUGGUGGGGUUAGUGGGAGUGGAGUGCCCCAAACAGGACAGUCAACUGCUAAUUCCAAAUGUAACAAUGUGAAGGAAUCAUUUAUGGGCAGUGACUCCUCCCACCACUCUCACUCUGCCAACUCCCUCACUGCUAAAUUAGCUAAUCUUAAUUUUGGUGAAAAAAAGGAUAAGGAAAAAGCUGAAAAAGAUCAUAAAAGAAGUCUCAGCCUUGCAUCAAAAAAUUCCAUGCAAAAUUGUAAAGGAUAUGUAAAUAAGAACCAAACUGUAGGAUCAUCAGUUUCCUCUGAAGAUUCACAGAAGCCCAUGGGCACUGCACUAUGCCCACGGUUGGAUGAAUGUCCCAUUCUGGAACCUAUGAUAUGCAAGAAGAUCGGCCAUGAACGAUUAUCAGGCUUGGUAUUCAGGGAAGAUUGUGUCAUUACCUCAUGUCAGGACGGCUGUGUCCUCACUUGGUGUCGCCCAGGCAAGCAGCCUGGGAGCAACCAGCAUUCAACACCAAGUCCAACCACAGCAGUAGCCAUGGGAGGGGGACCCAUUGCCUCAGGAGGAACAGUUGUGUAGCCUAAGCAACUGUGGCAGUCCCAUUGUAAGGAAUGCCACAGGUGCCAAGGGGGGUAGGGGUCUGCCAGAGAGGUGAGGCUGCUGGUAGUUUCAUGUGCUGUGAGUUAGCCUAAAGUAUUUCUGCCUCACUCAUUUACAUGUAUAUAGGUCAACAGUAAGUUUUCAAUGCAGACAAGUCAUCCCAGCAAACAUAAGAGUGAGGAGUAUGGAUUUUGUCUUGUUUGAAUAUAAGACUUUCUUCAGUUUUGUCAAGUUCUUAAUGUGAAUGCCCAAUAUUACCUAAGUUUAGGAUCAAGGCCUUACCAAUCACCUGAUGUAAAUUUUCCAAUUUCUCUGAAGUUCUCAAGAACUUUGUUGAUUAUAUAAUUGCUAGAGUUUUUAUAGCAAUGAUUAACUUGUAUUUAUUACUUUUACCACAAUAUAGUAUGUUAAAUAACAUUGCAGUGAUAACAGAGCUGAAACUUCCUUAUUAAAACCUUUUAUUUUAUUUUUCUUGGCUGACCGUAAAGCAAUUACCACUUCACCACAAGUACUUUAAACUCUUAAACUACAUCACAAUCUUCUCCUUGCCAAAAUGUUUAAUUUUUUAACAUGUAUUUCUAGGUAAUGAUGUUUGAUAAUUUGAGCCAUGUAAAGUCGACACCUUUCAUCCUCCUUGGUGUGUAGGGAGUGUAGCAUAUAUAAUAUCCUUUUUUUUUUUCUUGGCAAAGCUGAUUGAACUUCUUCCACAUGUGGUCCUUACAGUAUACCAAACUCCUAACCCUUAUAUAAUUCUUCAUUGUGAUCACAUUGUUUUCAUGGUUGUAGAAUUAUAUAAGCUCAUGACAUCUGCAUCAUCACCAAUACAGUUCACAUUGUAUGCUCCACCCUAUAUAGAUAAUACAUACCAAGUAAUCCAGUUUCUAAAAAGACUGUCUAGGAUGCAAAUAAAGCAUCCCCUUUCAUCUUCCAUUAGUUUUGUACAGCUGCAGAUCUGAUGUCUUGUUAGGAGAAGGAAUUGCAUGUUCCAAUGUUUUCAAAGUAUGACAUGGAUUCCAGUCACCAGCCAAAUAUCUGGGAUGUAUCUAAUUUCCAUAGGAUAGUGCAUUGAGGGUAGAUGGUAACUGAUUUGUGAUACCUAGAAAAUAAUGAAUGUAUGUAUAAUUGGGAAGUGUGCUGGUGGCUGAGGUUUUCAUGUGGGAAUGUUCACUCAUGAUACUUGGUCUUCACAUGAAAUAUUAUUUUCCUUUCAUUUAUAUUAUCAGUAAUAUUUUUUCAUUAUUUUUGUUGACUGAUUUUUUUUUUUUUUUUUUUUUUCACCUGUAUACCAAAGAAAAUUGUCUUCAGAAUAUUAGAAUGUAUUACCAUAAUUCACUUUAGUGCUUUCUUGUGGUCUAGAUGGACCCUCUAUAUAUUUGUAAUUUUAAAGCAUGAUAUUUAAAGACAGUUUCUAAAUGGUUGAGAAAAAUGGAAAGUGCCCUGUGUUGUGGUCAAUUAGAUAAAGGCAUCAAAGGGAUAUGAAAAAAUGCUUAGUAUACUCCAUCAUGAAGUGAAUUCUCCACUUAUAUUUCUUUUGCUCUUACUUGAGGAAGAGAAGAAAGUUCCUACUACUGUAAAUAAGCCUUUUGUUGGCCAAGGCCUCAUGAUCAGUUCAAUCUGUUGGAGUCCCUCAGUGCAAGUGUCACUUACUUCCAUGUCACUAUAUUGUUGUGGAUAGUAAGUAAAUGAAGACAAGUUUUUUUGUGAAUAUACCCAAGGAUAUUGAUUCGGGCCAUAUUGUCUAAAUAUAUAAACAUGUUUUGUAUU